AUGCCUGCCCUGCUUGCUCUGUCUGCCUGUCAACAGCAGCAGCAGCAGCAGCAGCAGCAGCAGCAGCUCCGCACCACCACCACCACCACCAUCACCACCAUCAGGCUCUCCAUAGAGCGCACUGCGCAGCACAAGCACGCAGGCACGCAGCCGCCCGCCCAUCGGCACCGCACCAGCGAUCGCGAUACGGAUUAGAUACAGAGGACAGACGAUCGCCAUCGCGAUCGCCAUCGUGCAGCAGCCGUG